GGGUUUGAUGUGGUUGUAAUCCAAAACGGUUGUAAUCCAAAGCGGUUGCAAACCAAGAUACCACUGUAGUCUAAGAGGUGCUAGUAGUACAACCGUGGGUGCCUCCAUGAUAUUUUAAAUUUUUUUUGGUCGAAAUAGUGUGUUGGUAAUAACAAGGUUGUGUGCUGCAAAUAUAGUCAAAAGUAAGAUUCUGUUCUGGUUGCUGUUGCCAAUUCCUUCUUUCCCAAUAGAUCGAAAUCUCACCCAACUCUUGCAUUAAAUUCACCCAGGAGGAUAAUUUUAUCCUCCUUAGGCUUAUCUGAUAGGAUGGCAUCCAGGCGAUAAUUUUUUUUUCUUUAAUGUUUUCAUUGGCAUCCAGUGCAUAAGCGCUUAAAAUAGUAGCCUGUUGGUUUUUGGUGAGUUUGAUUUGAAGGGUUGAAAGUUGCUCAUUAAUGCCGGUAGGGACUUCUGACAAAAGCUCUACAAGAUAGUUUUUGAUAGCAAAGCCUACCCCAUGUAUUUGACGUUCUUGUUCAGGUAGACCUUUACAGAAGAAUGUGUAGAGUUUUUUUUUAUUCUUUCAGUUGUCCCUCUCCUGUUCUUUGAGUUUCUUGAAGUGCUGCAAUAUCAAUGUUAAAAUGUCACAACUCUCUUUCAGUGAUGGCAGUCCUGCAUUUUGGACGCUUAUUAUCUGUGUUAUCCAGCAAAGUCCAUAUAUUCCAUGUUUCAAAGUUCAAUUGUCUUUUACAACUGCUAGGUGGUGACCCCACUGGGUGUGGUAAUCCAGUCAGGGGAAAAAGCGAGGCAGACUAUGUUUAGGGCACCUUUUCUAGCCCCUCCGCCUUUUUUGGGUGGGUAGAGUAGAUCCUAAACAGGGCUGCUCAGUUGUGGAUACAGCUGCUGAGCUACUCAACUGUCUCGUUGAGUCAGAAUGACUGAAUCUGUAUCCACCGCCCAUGAGCUGGUUCAUGAUUAGGGGCUUCCAGAUUUCAUGGUCCUGCCUCCAUUACCAUUUGCUGAUCAUCAUGGGACUUUUUUGGGUUUGGGAUGGGUUUUUGGAAGAUGCCUGUGUGUGAAUUUGUUUUAUGUGGGUAGAUCAGCGCACGCUGACCAACGCACAGUCUUCACAGUAAGGCUCUGUUCCGAUAGCAUGAGUAUCACAAUGACUGGUAGAUUCUUAUCUGCUGCAGCCUUCAUCCACCUUCACAGCUGUUGUAACAUACCUUCUGCCUGGUCUGCCGUUGAGAACGUCUUGGAUCAUUCUUUGUCUAGCUCCUCCCCUUUGACCUUACCACCUUAGGUGAACCUGCGGGGAGUAUGAGACUCAGGAUGGCUUCGCUCACAAGUGUCAUGAUCCAGUGAGUGAGUGAUGAUCCUGCCCCAGCCUUAUCCUAUUCAACUUGGGUGCUUUGAACUCCCAUCUCCUCCUUGGUUAAAACAUAUAAUUUUGCAAACAAACAAAAAUAAAGAUUCUUGUAAACUGACACCUGCUUUGUAGUAAGCGUGACAGGAGGGGGUGCAGAGAUGCAUAAUCAAAGAUGAAGAGGAGGAACAGGCUAAAGGAAUGCAUGUGGAGGAGGCUCAGCAUACACAAUCUGCUUAGGAACAAGUUGCAGCCAUCCUCAUGUUUGGCUCCUUGACUGGCUUCAGAACUGGGAGGAAGCAAGGUCCCUGGGACCUUGCAGGUGAAGGGCAGAGUGGAGAGCUCAUGCUGUUUUGUCUGCCUGCCCCAAUGCUGUGUAGAGGAAUCAACAGAAGGUAGGGCACAAAAGUGGAGGAGGAGGAGGAUGGCUUUCAGCUUUAGCCCUGGCAAAUUGCAAGCAAGAUGCAGCCACACCUGAAACACAAAUACUGCCUCCAUUCAGUAAAAGAAAAGAGAAACUUGCACUGAGUUUGUUGGAUGGAGAGAAAAACAGAGAGGGGGAGAGAGUGAACUUCUCUUCCCCUCCCAUAUAGGCAUGUCCUUCCCUGCAGAUCUAUAUGGGAAGAGGCCUCAAAUAAGCCCCACAGAAGUUUCAGACUGUUAGUUGUAAUGAAUGUGAGCAUGGUGAAGGAUGCUAUGUUCAGUUUUAUUUUAAAAGCAAGCAGAGGCGAAAAAGUUAUUUAGAAAGUGACAAGUGGAUUAAUGUGUGUGGGUGUGGGGUGUCAAAUUGCACAUGACUGCUAGGAAAUGGUAAAGAUGCGUUCUUAGGCAAAGCUUCUGAAAGUCAACACUUAACUGUGAUUUUAUGGGGAUAGUAUUCCACAGCCAUUGUGGUUCCUUUGCAUAGUAUCCUUUAUGAAAUAAGAACCGCCGAGUUUCUCAAAGCCAUCCAAGUUACUCUUUCCAACGAUGCAGCGACGCAGCUGGUUGUGGUGGUGGGAAGCGGGAAGCCCUAGGAACCGGCACUCUCUCCUGGUCCACAGUUAGGUUAGCGCCGUGCUCCUUAGUCGCGGUGCCACAUAUCAGCCCCUAGAGGGCGAUGAUGUCAUAGGAAGUCUGCAAUUACCACCCAUGUUUUAUUGUUGUAUUAGCAUAUUACAAGUACGUGCCGUUCCAAAACCAGGCACUUCUCCGACUCCAAUGCAGAAAGCAUCCUGGUGAAUCUGACCAUCUUCUCUGUUUCCUCUCUCUGCUCGGUUUGCUGCGCCGGGUACGUAAACCUAGCGGUGGUGACCGGCUUGCCCGGGCUGCAUCGGAGACGAGGCGGCGAAUCGCAGAAGCCACUUUUGAGCUGUCAGCGUCGAUGUGAACAGUGGGAAAACGGAGCACGUGCAGAGCACCUUUCGCGCGCCCAUCUUGCCCCUGCAGAACAGCCAUUCUCUGCAUGCAACUGCUGUUUCCCACUAGGACACAGAUGAUCCUAUUUUAGGCUCUCACCAUGAGCAGACGAAUAUCCACAGGAUCAGUGCUGAGUGGAUGGAGGGGUGUGGCUAUUCUGCCGUGUUGCAGUGUCUAGCAUACCCAUCCAGAGGGCCGUGAGCUGCUAAGUAUUGAGGAGGCCUGGAUCCCAGACCUGUCUCGGCCAGCGAGCUCACUGGGUUGCCUUGGGCAAAUCAGAUCUCCACCGCACAGUUCCAAUCAGGAUUGUUAUGAGAACAAACUAGGAUCCAUUCCUUGGGAGAACAGCGGGAUACAAAUGUGGACGGAAAUAAAAUAAAAAGAAAUUUAUUUACUUGAAGCAAUGGUAAGGCAUGGGAAGGCGCUCUGUGUGUGUAUGAGAGAGACGUUCAUUAUGUGCUUCACAACUGAAGUAACAGACGCGGCCGUCUAAAGGCGCCUGUCCCUAAAUCUGAAUCAACCCAGAAUUUAAAUUCGCCCAGCAGCCCCACCGCAAGAUUCCAACGAAGUAAGAACAAUUCUACUUGGUUUCAGUUUAGAUUGUGGGCUCUGGGUUUUCUACCCUACUUAGCGCCAGCGCUUCGCCCUGGCGCAAUCGCAAGGCGCACGCCAGGAUCUUUUUUAUUAUUAUUAAAUAUUUUAUUAGUUGGAUAUAGGAACAAUAUAUAAUCAAACACAAGCAAUCAAAUACAAUUUCCCCCUAUCCCCCCCCCAAUUAGCGCCAGGAUCUUGAGAGCCCUUGUGCCGUCGGAGAGACGCCGCCGAUAUUUCUUUGGCCAAUGGGAAGAUGCGGAGCAGAUCUGCUUUCUUCUCACUGGAGGCGCCGCUUCAGGGUCUUUCCGCCCGCAUCCAAUCCAGUUUCUCAAAAGGCGGGAAGGCUGCUGGGAAGCCGCCUCAUGCUGGAGGGCCAGUCGCUAUCAGGGGGGUGGAGGAAAGGGAAACUCCCUCGAGUUCCCCGCCCGUGGCUAUAAGAUGAGGGAGCCCCCCGAGAGAGCGGCUCCCUUUAGCCCUUGCCAUGGCCCUUCCUCCGGCCUCUCAGCAAGCGGGAGAAGCGGGCGGAGGUGAGGAAGAAGCGGAAAGUUCUGCUCCCUGAGCUCCCCAACUUGGCGCCGUCGCCUCAGGGCAAGGGGCUCCUUGUGCUUCGCGCCUGCAGGAGUUGUGUGCUAGUAGUAGUAGCGUCAUGCUGGAGCAACGAGUGGCGUCGGCGGCAGAGGCGCUUCCCUCGCCUCAGCCCCGGCUCAAGCCCGCCCCAAUCCGCGCCUUCGCCUUCUAGACCCGCGGGCAUUGCCUCUGCCGCCUCGUGAGUCACUGGAGGUUCCUUGCCGAAAGCACUUCGUUUCUUUCGGGCGCUUCGCAGAGCGGCAGCGUCGGCGGCGGAGAAUGCGAGCGCGCGCCGCUGCGCCGACUUCCCCGCGCGCCAGCCCGGAGCCAAGAUGGUACAAUGGAAACACAUUUUCCACCUUCAGUGAGGUCUCUAAAGGUCAAGAACUCUAAACAUCUAGAGCUGGAACGGCAAAUGUGCAGCCCUUUUGUGUUGGACUCCCAUCAGCUCAAACCAGCAUGACCAGUAGUCAAGGUAGUGACAAACAGAUGGGUUCUUACUUUGUGAACGCAACAUUUCAUUCCAAAAUAACUGAAGCAGCUGAUAUUAUUGUUGGAAUCUUCUAUAUUAUAUUUGGCAUAUGCUCCUUUUGUGGGAACAGUAUCCUCCUCUAUGUUUCCUACAAGAAAAAGAACAUAUUGAAACCAGCAGAGUACUUCAUGAUCAAUUUGGCCAUCAGUGACCUUGGUAUGACUCUGACCUUGUACCCUCUAGCUGUUACAUCCAGCCUUUCACACAGGUGGUUAUUUGGCCAACAGGUUUGCUUGUUCUAUGCAUUUUGUGGAGUAUUUUUUGGAAUCUGCAGUCUGUCUACGCUAACAUUACUGAGUACUGUGUGCUGCCUAAAAAUUUGUUUCCCAUCUUAUGGGAAUAGAUUUAGGAGAGAACAUGGUUGGAUCUUGAUAGGAUGCAGUUGGGCCUAUGCAGCCAUUUUUGCCCUUUCCCCACUGGCUCACUGGGGAGAAUAUGGAGCCGAACCUUAUGGUACAGCAUGUUGCAUUGACUGGUAUUCAUCAAAUAUAAACACAACAGCAAUGUCUUACACGAUUGUCCUUUUUGUCUUCUGUUUCAUUAUCCCCUGUGGAGUAAUUGUUACCUCCUAUACUCUUAUUCUGAUUACGGUGAAAGACUCCAGAAAAGCAGUGGAGCAACAUGUCCUGGGACCCACCAGGAUGAGCAACGUGCAGGCUGUUACAGCCAAGCUGAGUAUUGCUGUAUGCAUUGGAUUUUUUGCUGCCUGGAGCCCAUAUGCCGUCAUUGCCAUGUGGGCAGCCUUUGGGUCAAUAGAGAGGAUUCCUCCACUAGCCUUUGCUGUACCUGCUGUUUUUGCCAAGUCUUCAACACUCUAUAACCCAGUUAUGUAUCUUAUGCUAAAGCCUAAUUUCCGAAGCACUAUUGCCAAAGAUUUUGCUGUUCUCCAACAAUUAUGCAUCAAAACUUGUUUUUGUCUCAAGCAUGUACAGAGCUGUUCUUACAGAUCAGUUCUUGAAGUCCACUCGAAAUCAUUUAAGGGAAGACAUGAAUCCAGCAGUAACUCCAUGCAGAUAGUAGAAGGAUGUUCUUAUUUUCCCUGUGAAAAGUGCAACGAUACCUUUGAAUGCUUCAAGAACUACCCAAAGUGCUGCCAGGACAGGCUAAGCACCAUGGAACACACACUUCAAGAAAACAUACCCUUGGAAAAUAAAAUUCAAUCGAACGCAAAGCAUGCUUCUGAAAAAUAUGUAAAGGUUGUUGUCAGAGGAGAAAAAAACAGUGAGAUUGAUAGUUUGGAAGUAACAUUAGAAAACAUACCUAUGGAUACUAGGUUUGUCAACCUCUAGAGUAUGUUUAAUCAAAUGCUCCAGGUCAUAAUUUAAUUGCACCAGACUUAACGAAUGUAAAACUUUUCUAAGCACUACCCUAUUUUUAUACAGUUAUUUUUAUUUCCUUAUUACUCAUGGGAGGACGAAGUAAUACAGCAUAAAUAUGUUUAAAAAUGUAUUUGACUUUCAGCAUGUCCACAACCAUACCUAUGUGCAUUCAGAACAAAUUGUGUACUACUGCAUUUCAUUCGCUUCUGAUUUUUUGAGUUUCAGAACUUAUGUCCUUUGCUUCCCAGAAGCAAACCACUUCAUACUUGUGAGGCUUUUCUGCAAAACAUUAAUUCUUCAGAUGCUUGGUAAAUAUAUUUUAUAUGCUGCAUAUUCA